AUUAGAAGGCGCGGUGAAAACAGUAGGCGGGCAGACUGGGGGCGUUCUGAGGCUGCGCGGAAGGCUGGCUCUUGCCUCACCAUGGCUUCGGUGGUGCUGAGCGAAGCGGAGAAAGUGUACAUCGUUCACGGCGUCCAGGAGGAUCUUCGAGUUGAUGGUCGUGGAUGUGAAGAUUAUAGAUGUAUUGAAGUGGAAACAGAUGUAGUAUCUAACACAAGUGGAUCUGCUAGAGUUAAACUAGGUCACACAGAUAUCCUAGUUGGAGUCAAAGCAGAAAUGGGAGUACCAAAGUUGGAUAAACCAAAUGAAGGCUUCCUGGAAUUCUUCGUUGACUGUUCAGCAAAUGCUACUCCAGAAUUUGAAGGCCGAGGUGGAGAGGAGCUGGGCACUGAAAUCGCAAACACCCUCUACAGAAUAUUUGACAAUAAGAGCAGUGUCGACUUGAAGUUGCUUUGCAUUAGUCCCAGAGAGCACUGCUGGGUGCUUUAUGUUGAUGUCUUGCUGUUGGAAUGCGGUGGCAACUUGUUUGAUGCCAUUUCCAUUGCAGUAAAAGCAGCUCUAUUUAAUACCAGGAUACCCAAAGUGCGUGUUUUGGAUGAUGAAGGAGGACGGGAAAUUGAGCUCUCCGAUGAUCCCUAUGACUGUAUUCGGCUUAAUGUAGAUAAUGUCCCCUGCAUUGUAACACUGAGCAAAAUUGGUUAUAGGCAUGUAGUGGAUGCCACCCUUCAAGAGGAGGCAUGUUCCUUGGCUAGCAUUCUCAUUUCUGUGACCAGUAGAGGUACCAUGACCUGUAUGAAAAAAGUUGGAAGGGGGAGCCUUGAUCCAGAAAGUAUAUUUGAGAUGAUGGAGACUGGGAAGCGAGUGGGGAAAUUAUUACAUACAUCCUUGCAAACUAUCUUAGAAAAAGAAGAAAGUCUUGGAACAGCACGGAAAAAGGUUGGAUUCCUGGGAUGAACUCCAUCAUUACACUGGUCUUCUUGAACAACAAUCAAGGAGGGGGGUCAUUUUUCUUCCUUCCUGUUUAUUGGUUUUUGUUUUUGUAUUGUAAAGAUGAAUAUAUUUUCUUAAAUAAAGUUACGUGUUUUCUCUCC